CGACGCGGGAGGAGGAGCCGCCGGGGGAGGUGACCGGGAGCGGGGUACGGUGAGCCCGGCGAGGUGACCGGCACCAUGCACCGGCUCGGCUCGGCCACGCUCGGGGCUCUGCUGAGAGCGCUCCGGGGACGGGCCCCCUUCUCCUCCCGCUCCGCGACCCCCCCGCAGCCCGCGGUCGCCGCCAAGGAGCCCUUCCCGGUGGAGCUGAGGGCGGGCAAGAAGUACGCGUGGUGCUCGUGCGGGCACAGCAAGCGCCAGCCCUUCUGUGACGGCUCCCACACGAAGGCGGCCCCGGGGAUGUCCCCGCUGCGCUUCACCCCCCAGGAGGACGGGCCCGCCUGGCUCUGCGGCUGCAAACGCACCCAAAACCCCCCCUACUGCGACGGCACCCACAACGGGGAGGAGGUGCAGGGGGCCCCCCUGCCCCCCAAGCCCUGACCUGGAGCCCACGGGAGCUCGGGACCACCGGGAUGCACUCGGGACCACCGGGAUGUGCGUCCCGCUCGAGGGCACGGAGGGAGGGGGGAGAGGCUGAGCCCCCACCCCGAUUAAAUCUGAAUUACUGAGGAGCUGCAGCGAACCAGCAGCGGCUGGGAAAGAAGGAA